UAUAUUUUUAUUUAAUUGGAGAAAAGAUGUCGGUGCAAAAGAAAAAACGUAUUUCGAAGAAAAAUAAAUCAGCAUGGAGGAAAACAGAUAUCCAAGAUGUUGAGGAAUAUCUCGAAGAACAGCGACAGGAGGAAAGAAUUGGAACAUUUACCGAAAAGAAAGAUGAGGAAUUGUUUAAAAUCGAUGUAACCCCAGCCGAUGCUAAGAAGCCCACAGCCUUAACAGAAAAACAAAAACGGAAAUUGAAUGCCAAAAAGCCCUUACGUUCUUUGCAAGUAUUGGAGAAUACUUCGAAGGUACAGGAUCCCAUUGUUAAGAGAAACAUUGUCAAACAAAAGAAAGCUGGCCGCAAUAUUGAAGAGGAAGUCAUCAAUCCCACUAAGCCCAGGCACAUUCAAGCAAAUCAAGAUCGAGCCAAAACCUAUGCCAAGGUUGAAGAAAAAGUCAAGAAAUUAGCUACGAAAAUACCCGAUACGAAUAAAGAUAUUUGGCAAGAAGAAGAUUUCCGUGAAAAGGUGCCUGGUUUGAAAGAUGAAAAGGGUUGGAUAUCAGAAGAAUUGGCCAAAUAUAAUGCACAAAAACUGGGACUGCCAGUGUACAAAAUUCAUGAUAGUAUAAGGCAUAGAACUACCAAAGCCAAGAAAUUUGAACCACCCCAUCCCGGUACAAGCUAUAAUCCAUCUCUACAAGAUCAUCAAAAGCUUAUUUCCGACAUUGUUGAGAAAGAAGAAAAACUCAUUAAGGAAGAGAAACAUUUAAAACGUGUUACCACCCAAAUGUUCCGUAAGGUUACAGCUGAGGAAAGGCAACAACAGCACAUACAAGAAAUGAGCGCCGGCCUGGACGAUGAUGAGGAUGAAGCUGAAGAAGGAGAUAACGAUGAAGGUGAUGAAAAUAAUGCUGGCAAAAAAUCAAAGAAAGCCAAGAAAGAAGAUCAAGAAGGCGAAGAAGACAAUUCCGAUGAUUCAGCUCCAUACGACAGCAUAAAUCCACCAGUAGAAAAUAAAAAGAAAAGUAAAGCACAACGCAAUAGAGAACUCCGCCAAAAAGAGCUACAAAAGAAACUGGAAGCGAAGAAAGCAUUAAAGAAACAAAUAGCCGAUUUGAAUCGUAUCAAAUCAUUAAAAACUGAAGUUCUGAUCGAAGAAGAAGAACUCAAGGAGGCAAUGAAACGACGCAAAAAGGCUGAAUUUAAAAAGAAAUUCGAAACAAAACGUCUGGGACGUUUGAAAUUCAAUGAACCCGAUCAGGAUGUAAAUAUGCCCGAAGAAUUGGCUGGUAAUGUACGUAACAUACAGACGGGUACAAGUCUAUUGGUUGAUCGUUUCAAGAACUUCCAGAAACGUAAUAUUCUGCCUGUUAGCGUGGCAACUGGUAAACAGAAGAAACCUAAAGUUAAACGUUUCCCACGUAGUACACACAAAGAUCCCGGAGUUUCUUAUCAAAUGCUGCGUGACAAACGUAUGGCUGAAAAGAAGGCUGCCGCCCAAGCUUCAAAGUAG